GCACGACUCGCCGCCCUCCACUGCGCAGGCGGUGCCGGCUGCUUGUUGUCAUAGAGACGGUUUGUUGUUUCCGAAGCCCAAAGUGAUUAAAACCACUUGAGACACAGCGUGAGGAGGAGGUCUGCUGCAGGUUUCUUUUAAAGUCUGACAUCACCAGGUGAUGAUGUCACAGCGCGAUGUCAUCAAUUUCUCGGCGCUGGACAGAGAGCUGCAGAUGGCGGUCGAGUCUGAGCGGCGAUACAAGCGAGAGAACGAAGCCAAGCUGAAAGCUGUGAGCCAGAGAGUCUGCUACAGCCAGUUCAGAGACCUGGUGCUGACCUGCCACCUGAAGCCUCUGAACCACCAAGACAGAGACGGAGCUCCACGAAAACCCUGGAACCCCGUCGCCCCUGGCAACACGUCGCAUCACGUCACCCCCAGUAACACUCCACAUUCUGUCGCCCUGGGCAACGAGGAAGACUUGGGCCCACAGACUGUUUAAAGCUCUGAUUUAUUUCUACAGUUUAGAUGUUCCGUGGUUAAUUCUUUGGUUUAUUCAUUUAACUGAAACGUUUUAGUGAAAACAACAAAACAACAGUUUCACUUCAUGAUAUUUGCUAAUAAACAACGUAAAAGAU